ACCGCCUCCCCCUCCCCCUCUCCACGCUCACCCCUGCUUUUUCCUGCGUUUAAAGUUCUGUUUUAUUUUAUUUUAUAUUUUUUGCUUCUAGCAUUGUUAGAGAUUUGAGUAGAAAGGAGAUGGCGAUCGAUCAGGCGAACGGAUCGGAGGAGGCGCCGUUGGUGGUGUCGUUUGGGGAGAUGCUGAUCGACUUCGUCCCAGACGUCGCCGGGGUGUCGCUGGCCGAGUCCGGCGGUUUCAUCAAGGCACCGGGCGGCGCUCCGGCCAACGUCGCAGUCGCCAUUACCAAGCUCGGCGGCCGCUCCGCCUUCGUCGGCAAGUUUGGUGAUGACGAGUUUGGAUAUAUGCUAGUUGACAUACUGAAGAAGAAUGGGGUGAACACUGAAGGUUGUCUCUUGGACCCCCAUGCCCGCACUGCCCUUGCCUUCGUGACUCUGAAGAGUAAUGGUGAGCGGGAGUUUAUGUUCUACCGCAACCCAAGUGCAGACAUGCUCCUCACUGAGCAGGAGCUCAACCUUGCUCUCAUCCGCCGUGCCAAGAUCUUCCAUUAUGGCUCCAUUAGUCUUAUAUCUGAGCCUUGCCGAUCUGCUCACCUUGCUGCCAUGCGUGCUGCCAAGGAGGCUGGCAUCCUCUUAUCCUACGACCCCAAUGUAAGGCUCCCCUUAUGGCCAUCUCAGGAAGCAGCUCGCGAUGGCAUCAUGAGCAUCUGGAAGGAGGCUGACUUCAUCAAGGUUAGUGAUGAUGAGGUUGCUUUCCUGACACAAGGAGAUCCAGCGAGCGAGGAUGUCAUUAUGAAACUGUGGUUUGAUGGGUUGAAGCUGCUUGUUGUCACAGAUGGCGAGAAGGGUUGCAGAUACUUCACAAAGAAUUUCAAAGGAAAAGUACCUGGGUUUUCAGUGACUACUGUGGACACAACAGGUGCUGGCGAUGCUUUUGUUGGUUCCCUUUUGGUUUCCAUUGCCAAGGACAACUCCCUCUUCCAUAACGAAGAAAAGCUGAAGGAGGCGCUUAGAUUUUCCAAUGCUUGCGGAGCAAUCUGCACCACCAAGAAAGGAGCGAUUCCAGCCCUCCCAGACACAUCCAUGGCUCAGGAACUCAUCACAAAGGGGAAAUAGGGUAUCCAUGUGCAAUGAUGCACACAGGGGAAAUCUAGGUUUUCUUAUUAUUUGGUCUUAAUGCAUCUAGUAGAGGUUCAUCUUUGCAAUAAACAUAGGAAAAUUUGUGCUCAUUAUUUGGUGCCUCUACAUUUUAUCGAGUUUAUCUUCAGUGUAAAAGUACUUAUGUUUUUGGUUUGAUAAGAGUCUGCAUCAACCAAACAUCCUUUCUUUUCUUAUAAUAUCAUAUGCUGGUUAAGAAUAUCUUAGUUA